UGGCAGCAGGAAUAUGCGAAGAUGGCCACGGAUCUGGGCGAGCUGCUGGUACCGUACAUGCCCACCAUAAGGGUACCGAGAUCGGGAGACAGGGUUUAUAAGAGCGAGUGCGCCUUCUCCUACGAUUCUCCGGAAUCGGAAGGCGGACUGUAUGUGUGUAUGAACACAUUUCUGGGUUUUGGAAGAGAACAUGUGGAACGGCAUUACCGCAAAACUGGACAGAGUGUGUACAUGCACUUGAAGCGUCACGUCAAAGAGAAAGCCACAGGUGCUGCUGGGGGAGCCGCGCCAAGACGACGGAACGGAAAAGUAUUUUUAGAUUUAGAGCUAAACCGGGAUUUUAAUGGCGAUGAUUAUGAAUAUGAAGAUGAAGCCAAGCUUGUCAUAUUCCCCGACCACUUUGAAAUCCCUUUACCAAAUAUUGAGGAGUUGCCAGCCCUGGUGACCAUUGCGUGUGAUGCUAUACUAAAUGCUGCGUCUGCCUACAAGAAGCAAGAGCAGGAUUCAUGGGAAGAAGAGCUUCAAGUGUCCAAACACGCCAGAAGUCUCAGACAACAAGACAACGGGGUGCGGAUUCCUCCCAGUGGCUGGAAGUGCUCCAAGUGUGAAAUGCGAGAGAACCUGUGGCUGAACCUGACCGAUGGAUCGGUCCUGUGUGGGAAAUGGUUUUUCGACGGGAGCGGAGGGAACGGACACGCCCUUGAUCACUACAAGGAAACCAACUUCCCCCUCGCCGUUAAACUGGACACCAUCAGUCCAGACGGAGCAGACAUUUAUUCCUUCGAUGAAGAAGAAGCCGUGCUCGAUCCUCACAUAGCAGAACACCUAGCGCAUUUUGGAAUAGAUAUGCUAAAGAUGCAAACGACAGAAAACGGGCACCACACAGAUAACCAUGUGCAGCUCCGCGCCACUGAGUGGGAGCUGAUUCAGGAGUCCGGACUCAAGCUGAAGGCGGUUUACGGUUCGGGGUACACGGGCGUCAGGAACCUGGGCAACAGCUGCUACCUCAGCACCACAAUGCAAGUGCUCUUCAGUAUCCCAGAAUUCCAGAGGGCGUAUGUUGGGAAUCUACAGAGAAUAUUUGACUAUUCACCCCUUGAUCCCACCCAAGACUUCAGCACACAGAUGGCAAAACUGGGCCAUGGGCUUCUCUCAGGCCAGUAUUCCAAACCACCAAUCAAAUCUGAGCUCAUUGAACAGGUGAUGAAAGAAGAAUACAAGCAGCAGCACAGAGGGAUUUCCCCCAGGAUGUUUAAGGCUCUGGUUAGCAAGGGCCACCCCGAAUUCUCCUCCAACAGACAACAGGACGCACAAGAAUUCUUCCUGCAUUUAAUCAACCAGGUCGAGAGGAACAGCUCUGGAUCUGAGAACCCCAGCGACGUGUUCCGCUUCAUCGUAGAAGAACGUGUACAGUGCUGCCAGACACAGAAAGUGCGCUACACACAGAGAGUGGACUAUCUCAUGCAGCUUCCGGUACCAUUUGAGGCUGCUACCAACAGAGAGGAGCUGAUGGCGUAUGAGAUUAAGCAGAAGGAUGCUGAAGAGCACAUGAGGGCCCCACCAGAGCCGGUGAAGGCCCGAGUCCCAUUCACUGCCUGUCUUCAGGCCUUCACAGAGCCCGAGAACGUUCAGGACUUCUGGAGCUCAGCGCUGCAGGCCAAAUCGGCCGGAGUAAAGACGUCUCGCUUUGCCUCCUUUCCUGACUACAUGGUUGUACAGCUCAAAAAGUUCACAUUUGGAGUGGACUGGGUUCCAAAAAAGUUAGAUGUUUCUGUAGACAUGCCCGACUUUAUGGACCUGAAUCGGCUGCGUGGUACGGGCCUACAAGCAGGGGAAGAGGAGCUUCCUGACCUUGCACCUCCGAUUGUCAUUCCUGAGGACGUGAGAGACUACUCAGUGAAUAACUCUUUGGAAUCUCCAGAAAUAGACGAGUCCUCCGUGAUGCAGCUGGCUGAGAUGGGCUUCCCUCUGGAGGCCUGCCGGAAGGCCGUGUACUACACCGGCAACAUGGGAGCUGAGAUGGCUUUUAAUUGGAUCAUCGCUCAUAUGGAAGAGCCAGACUUUGCUGAGCCUCUGGCGAUUCCUUCAUACAUGGAGGCAGACAUGCCCAGUGCCAGUUUCCCCACUGCCAGCCCUGUGGAUAACCAGCCGCCCGAGGAGAGCAUUUCCAUCCUCACGUCCAUGGGCUUCCCCAGACAUCACACCAUCCGAGCCCUGAAAGUCACAAAUAAUAAUUUGGAGCGGGCGCUGGACUGGAUCUUCACUCACCCCGACAGCGAGGAGGAGAGCGAAGCCCUGUCAGACAUGGUCGACACAGAGCCCAACGACAGCAGCUUUUCAAACGCCAACACACACAGCGACACCACGCUGUCCCCAGACCAGGAAAUGUCCAGCCCUCGUGUACGAGAUGGACCUGGACGGUACGAACUGUUCGCCUUCAUCAGUCACAUGGGAACAUCGACCAUGUCCGGUCAUUACGUGUGUCAUAUCAAAAAGGAGGGAAGAUGGGUGAUUUACAACGACCACAGAGUGUGUAUAUCAGAAAGGCCUCCGAAAGACUUAGGCUACAUGUACUUUUACCGGCGUCUGCCCAGUCGCUAGAUCCGACCGGACUCUGGAGUGUAGAGCUGCACCGCCUGUCGGGCACGAGGACGAGAUAUCGCCCAAACUACAGGAAACCCGAGAGGCAUCGUUCACACCGAACACCAGGCCAAAGAUAUCACACACGACGUGACAUGGAGGGCGAAUUCUGUUCUGUUCAAUAACGCUGUUGACUGGAUUACUCAAUAAACCAUGUGAUUGUAAAUGGUC